UGAGCGCCCAGGGGUCGAGUGCUCUGCGCCCAGCGCACCAAGGGAGCCAAGGCCGUCGGGCUGGCGCUUUCCGCUGUCUCUCGCAGCAGCUCAGGGCCGCGCCCCCUGGGCUGGCGUCGUGCCCUGGCCAAGGAGAAGUUUCAGUCACGUGCCAGACUUUUUCUCAAUUACAAACUGAUAGAUGGUCCAUAUCUCAACUAACAGUAUUGACGCUGUAAGAGCAUCAGACAGAACAGGAUUCAAGAAUUACAAUAAAAGCACCAGGAUAUCUUUCAAAACACUGACUACUUAACAGUUGCUCUAUUAAUGCCAUUUAACUUUCCUGAAUAAAACAAGAUUUGAAACAUAUCUGUAUUAAUGAAGAGUGACUGCAUGCAAACCACAAUAUGUCAGGAAAGAAAAAAAGAUCCCAUAGAAAUGUUUCAUUCUGGACAGCUGGUAAAAGUCUGUGCCCCAAUGGUUCGAUAUUCAAAGUUGGCUUUUAGGACACUAGUAAGAAAAUAUAGUUGUGAUCUGUGUUACACACCAAUGAUAAUUGCUGCUGAUUUUGUCAAAUCUAUAAAAGCCAGAGACAGCGAAUUUACCACAAAUCAAGGUGAUUGCCCAUUGAUUGUUCAGUUUGCUGCUAACGAUGCAAGACUUUUAUCUGAUGCUGCUCGUAUAGUCUGUCCUUAUGCGAAUGGAAUAGACGUUAACUGUGGUUGCCCUCAGAGGUGGGCAAUGGCAGAAGGUUAUGGGGCUUGCUUAAUAAACAAGCCAGAGCUUGUUCGAGACAUGGUGAAACAAGUAAGAAAUCAAGUGGAAACCCCUGGAUUUUCAGUUUCUAUUAAAAUAAGGAUCCAUGAUGACCUUAAAAGAACUGUAGAUCUUUGUCGAAAGGCUGAAGCAACAGGAGUUUCCUGGAUUACAGUCCAUGGAAGAACUGCUGAAGAAAGACAUCAGCCAGUGCACUAUGAUUCCAUUAAAAUAAUUAAGGAAAAUAUGUCUAUACCUGUAAUUGCUAAUGGAGACAUCAGAAGCUUAAAGGAAGCAGAAAAUGUGUGGCGGAUUACUGGGACAGAUGGAGUGCAAAAAAAAAUGACACUCCAAUGGGCGGCAGUGGCAACCUUUCUUUAUGCCGAAAUAGGACUCAUUUUAAUCUUCUGCCUACCUUUUAUUCCUCCUCAGAGAUGGCAGAAGAUUUUUUCAUUUAAUGUCUGGGGUAAAAUUGCAACUUUUUGGAACAAGGCUUUCCUUACCAUUAUCAUCCUAUUGAUUGUUCUAUUUCUAGAUGCUGUGAGAGAAGUAAGGAAAUAUUCCUCAGUUCAUACCAUUGAGAAGAGCUCCACCAGCAGACCUGAUGCCUAUGAACACACACAGAUGAAACUUUUUAGGUCUCAAAGAAAUCUUUACAUUUCUGGAUUUUCACUGUUUUUUUGGCUAGUGUUGAGACGUCUGGUUACGCUUAUUACUCAACUGGCAAAAGAACUGUCAAACAAAGAUGUACUUAAAAGUCAAGCAGAAAAUACCAACAAGGCUGCCAAAAAAUUUAUGGAAGAAAACGAAAAACUGAAACGGAUUUUGAAAAGCCAUGGUAAAGAUGAAGAAUGUGUUUUGGAAGCAGAGAAUAAAAAACUAGUAGAAGACCAGGAGAAACUGAAAACUGAAUUAAGGAAGACUUCAGAUGCCCUUUCUAAGGCACAAAAUGAUGUGAUGGAAAUGAAGAUGCAGUCAGAGAGACUUUCGAAAGAAUAUGAUCAACUCCUGAAAGAACACUCUGAACUUCAGGAUCAUUUAGAAAGAGGCAACAAGAAAAGACUGUGAACUUUAUAAAAGACGUUUGCAGUAUACUGUGUCAAAAUGAUAAUUUUGUUAUGUUAGCCUCUAGAAAAUUUAAGUUCAGAAAAAUGCACUAUGAUCAGUUCAUAAUUUUUUUAAUGCCACACAUAGGUUGUAUUGUAAUGGCAUUAUCAAAAUAUUUGAUGAUGUUUGAGAUAUAUUGCAAAGUCUGUAUUCCAGCUCUUAAGAAAAAUAUAAGCAUGUUAAAUACCAUAUUUACAUAUUGAUAAUGUCACUGGUAUAUGGUGGCUGUUUACCAACAAAAGGAAAAAAUUCAUUAACCAGUUACUUCCAAAAUUAGAAGUUUUAAGUUGCAUGAAACCAUUAAUAGCCUUGAAAGCUUUGAUAAGUUAUCAGUAAUAAUAACCUAUUUAAUCAGAUGAUGAUGUGUUUGAAAACAGUGUUCAAUAUCAGCAAAUUUGUACACAGGAAUGCAAAUAAGGAUAACUGAUAAGCGUUAUCCACUGUAUUUAUAAGGAAGAGUCGGAAAAAACAAUGACCUUAGUUUUUUUUAAGCCUGAUGAUACUAUGGUUUACUCUAAUAAGAUACGCAUAUUGAUAAUUAUAUUUUUGUUACUGUGCCCCUGCACAUUUUGGUCUGUUUUUUGUUGAUAUUUUUAUUAAUAACACAUAAUUAGUAACCACUCUACUGUUUCAAGUUAAUCUAGUAAUAGAGCUUACAUAUAUUUGUAUAACUGCUGUACCACUGAACUGAAUUUAUUUUACAACAGUGUAGAAUUCUUGAAAAGUUAACUUAGAACGUAUCCAAAAAACAGUAUUUCUUUCCCUUGGUUGUGAGAGUAAUUAUAUAAAUAUUACCUCAAAAGUACAUACACUGGUAUCACACAGUCUUUCUACAAUGUUUCUAUAUUCUGAAAGCUAAAUAUUAAGUACUAUUUUUCCAUUCAAAUAUUCAUUUAGAAUUUCCUUUAGAAGAUGGCAGUGAUUAUAAUAUUAAUAUGAUUUCAGUUGUUCCAGUGUUUAGACAUGAAAUCAUCUUCCUUGUCUCAUGAAAACCUAAAUAUUAAAAAAAGGAAAAUACUGGA